UGUCUUCAAUAUAAAACCCUUUUUAAAAAAUGUGUGCAGGUGCACAUGAAAAAAUAACCUUUCAAAAAUCAAAUGCCCUUCAAUCUGAUUUGUUCUGGUGCCGGCCCUGUAUUGAUUACAAUUUGACAGGUAACUAGUAACUGUAAUGGAUUACAUUUAGAAAGUAACCUACCCAACCAUGCUAAUGUCUCCACUCAGACAGUCAAAUUCAACCAAAACCUUUUCUUCUCUCAGACAGAUACAUUUAAGUUCACCCAUUCGUCUGAUAAGUGUGACCGACCAAUGACACAGCCACCUCUGAUGAACUCACAAAACUCACUUCCUGUAAACUGACCAACGAUGACGUGUAACCCGGGGGCUGCCAUGAGUGUUGAGCUAGCAUGCCGUCUCCCUCAGACCACAGCAUGUUGGGACUCGUCUGAAGUCGGUACAGCCGAUCUGCCAACUUCUGUCUGUAGCAUCCAAACAGUUUGGGAUACACAAUAAUAUGGGCUACACACCCCUCUGUGCAAAGGUGAGACUCGCGAGCACAUACACGUCGAUUGUUUUGCUCUAGGAUGCCCACAGGCCUCACACAACAUCUGAAGGUCGCAUGGUACCAGUUCAAAAAACGAAUGAAAGUACUGUAUACACUGCAUGGGGAAAGUAUUCAGAUGCCUUGACCUUUCCCACAUUUUGUUGUGUUACAGCCUUAUUCUAAAAUGUAUUAAAUCUUUAUUUCCCCCUCAUCAAUUUACACACAAUACCCAAUAAUGACAGAGCAAAAACUGUUUUUUUCCGAAAUGUUUGCGCUCUGACGGAGCUCUAGAGUUCCUUUGUAGAGAUGGGAGAACCUUCCAUAAGGACAACCAUCUCUGCAGCACUCCACCAAUCAGGAGUGCUGCAGAGUGACAAUGGUAGAGUGACAAUGCAGGAGUGGCUUCAGGACAAGUCUCUGAAUGUCCUUGAGUGGCCCAGCCAGAGCCCGGUCUUGAACCCGAUAAUAGCUGUGAAGCAUAGCUCCCCAUCCAACCGGACAGAGCAUGAGAUCAUCUGCAGAGAAGAAUGUGACUAACUCCCCAAUACAGGUGUGCCAAACUUGUAGCGUCAUACCAAAGAAAACUUGAGGCUGUAAUCACUGCCAAAAGGUGCUACAACAAAGUACUGAGUAAAGGGUCUGAAUACUUAUGUAAAUGUGAUUUCAAUUAAUAAAUUAGCUAAAACAUUUUUUUUUUUUUUGCUAUGUCAUUAUGGUUUGUGUGUAUAGACUGAGGGGGGAAAAACAAUUUAAUCAAUUUUAGAAAAAGGCUGUAACGUAAAAAAAACUGGGAAAAGUCGAGGGGUCUGAAUACUUUCCGAAGGCAGUUGAAGUCAGAAGUUUACAUACUUAGGUUGGAGUCAUUAAAAAAACUCAUUUUCAACCACUCCACAAACUUUUCUUAACAAACUAUAGUUUUGUCAAGUCGGUUAGGACAUGUCAAGCUGUAGAACCUUCUGAUAGGCUAAUUGACAUCAUUUGAGUCAAUUGGAGGUGUACCUGUGGAUGUAUUUCAAGGCCUACCUUCAAACUCAGUGCCUCUUUGCUUGACAUCAUGGGAAAAUCAAAAGAAAUCAGUCAAAUUAUAGAACUCCACAAGUCUGGUUCAUCCCCGGGAGCAAAUUCCAAAGGCCUGAAGGAACCACGUUCAUCUGUACAACCAAUAAUAUGCAAGUAUAAACACCAUGGGAACACGCAGCCGUCAUACCGCACAGGAAGGAGAGGCAUUCUGUCUCGUACAAAUGAAAGUACUUUGAUGCGAAAAGUGCAAAUCAAUCCCAGAACAACAGCAAAGGACCUUGUGAAGAUGCUGGAGGAAACAGGUACAAAAGUAUCUAUAUCCACAGUAAAACGAGUCCUAUAAUCGACAUAACCUGAAAGGCCACUCAGCAAGGAAGAAGCCACUGCUCCAAAACCGCCAUAAAAAAGCCAGACUACGGUUUGCUCUGCACAUGGGGACAAAGAUCAUACUUUUUGGAGAAAUGUCCUCUGGUCUGAUGAAACACAUAUAGAACUGUUUGGCUAUAAUGACCAUUGUUCUGUUUGGAGGAAAAGAAGGGAGGCUUGCAAGCUGAAGAACACCAUCUCAACUGUGAAGCAUGGGGGUGGCAGCAUCAUGUUGUGGGGGUGCUUUGCUGCAGGAGGGACUGGUGCACUUCACAAGAUAGAUGGCUUCAUGAGGGAGGAAAAUUAUGUGGAUAUAUUGAUGCAACAUCUCAAGACAUCAGUCAGGAAGUUAAAGCUUGGUCACAAAUGGGUUAUCCAAAUGGACAAUGACCCCAAGCAUGCUUCCAAAGUUGUGGCAAAAUGUCUUAAGGACAACAACGUCAAGGUAUUGGAGUGGCCAUUACAAAGCCUUGACCUCAAUCCUAUAGAAAAUUUGUGGGCAGAACUGAAAAAGCGUGUGCGAGCAAGGAGACCUGACUCAGUUACAUCACCUCUGUCAGGAGGAAUGGGCCACAAUUCACCCAACUUAUUGUAGGAAGCUUGUGGAAGGCUACCCAAAACAUUUGAACCCAAGUUAAACAAUUUAAAGGCAAUGCUACCAAAUACUAAUUGAAUGUAUGUGUGUUAACUUCUGACCCACUGGGAAUGAGAUGAAAGAAAUAAAAGCUGAAAUAAAUCAUUCUCUACUAUUAUUCUGACAUUUCACAUUACUAAAAUAAAGUGGUGACCUAAGACAGGGGAAUUUUUACUAGAAUUAAAUGUCAGGAACUGUGAAAAACGGAGUUUAAAUAUAUUUGGCUAAGGUGUAUGUAAAAUUCAGACUUCAACUGUACAUACGAAAUAUCACGUCACACAUUUACAUAUAUAUGUACAUUAACACCUCCCCCGUAGAUAUUCCUGUAUUUUCUAUAGAUGUUAUAUCCGUGUAUUCCUACUGCUGUAUCAUCAAAUGUACUGUAUAAGUGAGUAUCAGAAAUGGCUAAUAUAUUCAUUUGAUCUAAGAUUAGCAAAUUACUCAUCUCAUCAAUUUUGUUUCUGAGGCUACAUAUAAUUUAUAUGAGCUAACUUCAACUCUUUCCUGGGUAGCUUAUUGAAAACUUAAUUCAUAAUGUUUGUUUCUCAACAGUAAUAUUUCUAUUUCUGAUAAUAACAAUGAAGGAAUUAAUGGAUUUUUGAGCAGAUUAUGUUCAGCAGCUGCCUUUUCUGGUUUGGCCCGGCUGCAGCAUGCACUGCAGAUAUCAAUCUAAUGCAAAGGUUUAGUUAAUCUGUCCCUCCGGGGGCUAAAGGAUCCAUCUAAGCCAAAAACCUCUUAGCCUUCUUACCCUACACUAGUCCAACCCAGUAACCAUGGGAAACCGUCUCAAAGACCAACAGCCAAUGUGUCCUAUUUUCCCUUCCUGAGGCCUGUGCUUCGCUCAAAUGAGAACUGAUGAUAUAAAACUCAGGCUCUUUACUCUAUACAUCAAAAGCACCCUGAUUCAAGAAAUAGACCAGCCACAAAUAUAAUGCCAAAUAUUCCAUAUUUAAUGGAAUCAAAAUCAAUUGUGUACUCACUGCAAUUUGUCUCAGAUUUGUAAACCUGCGUAUUUGUAUCGCUCACUCGUUUAAUUUCUCUCUUCCUUCCUUUCUCUCUAUUUUCUCUCUCGCUCUCUCUCACACCGGGGCACCGGUCCUGCUGAGAGACGCUUGUGUCACACUGUCGUCACCACAGUCACCCAGGAUCCUCGCUCCAAGAUACUUCCCCUUCUCUCAGCUUGGCUCAGCGGGAUCGACUACAGUACUCAGUGCUGGUUGAGAGAAGGACCACGCAAUACUACUUAGGGAGGACAACACUAUACAGUCAUCUACUGAGUCACCUGUUAACCUGCCUCAUAGUGCUUCUGUGGAAUUGGGGAGUUUUACAUUUGUGGAUAUCCAUAGAAGACAUCUGCAGUGUUGGAAGGACUAACUUUGUUGAUUUGUUAGAAGUUUGUGUUCUAAUCUCAAGGGGUUUUGGGGAUUCUUAUCAUUGUCCCGAAUAGCUUCAGACAUUCAUCGUUGGUACUUUGGGCAGCAUUUGAGGACACCUGAGGAACAGGGCUUUAAAGCGUGCAUAGUAUCUCCAAUUGGAUUCUGUCCAAAUGGUUUGGAUGCACUGUUGCCAACGUUGGCGUAUUCAACUAUGGAGUAAUUAAUAAAAUCGGACAUCUGCUUUCAUAUAGACUUAUCAGGGUAAUACAAAGCCCGAAAUCCAAACCCGGCUGUGUGUAUGUGUAUCCUGGUGGCAGCAUAGUAUUGCUAUGUUUUUCUCCUGGAUUCUCUAGCAGAACACUUGAGUGUAUAACAUUAGCAUACAUGAGAUUUUGCAUUCAAGUUCACCUCCACCCUAAAGUUCCACCUCAUGCCACACAUCCCUGCAGCUGAGGAGUGCCUUUAGCUGACCUAGUAUCCCAUGUCAUCUAACUCUUGCCAUCUCACUGGGGCCCAGAGUGCGGUGUGCAGGCUGAUCCACCGGGGCUUCAGACCCCGGGCCCUGCUGAGGCCCAUAAGGCUGGAGCUGGGGGUGUACGUCGAGAAGACCCGCACCAAACAGAAACACAGGAUGGAGGCCUCAUGUCUGGAGUUGGCCCUGGAGGGAGAGAGGCUAUGUAAGGCAGGGGACUUUAAAGGGGGGACAGCGUUUUUCGAGGCGGCUGUUCAGGUGGGAACAGAAGACCUGAAGACCCUCAGUGCCAUCUACAGCCAACUGGGCAACGCCUACUUUUACCUGAAGGAAUACGGCAAGGCCCUGGAGUACCACAGACACGACCUCACACUGGCCAGGACAAUAGGGGACAGGAUAGGGGAGGGAAAAGCCAGCGGUAACCUUGGAAACACACUGAAGGUUUUGGGGCGCUUCGACGAGGCAACGGUGUGCUGUCAGAGACACCUGGACAUCUCUCAAGAGCAGGGGGACAAGGUGGGAGAGGCCAGGGCUCUGUAUAAUAUAGGGAACGUGUUCCAUGCCAAAGGAAAGCAGCAGCUAUGGGGCUGUACCCAGGACCCUGGGGACCUCCCACCAGUCGUCAGAGAUACACUGCAAAGGGCUACUAGCUUCUAUGAGAUGAAUCUGUGUCUGGUCAAAGAGCUGGGCGACCGAGCUGCUCAGGGCAGGGCCUUUGGUAACCUAGGCAACACCCACUACUUGCUGGGAAAUUUUGUGGAGGCCAUCAAAUUCCACAGACAGAGGCUGUCCAUCGCCAAGGAGUUUGGUGACAAAGCAGCUGAACGUAGAGCCUAUAGUAACCUAGGCAACGCCCUGAUUUUCCUGGGACAGUUCAACACUGCCACAGAGUACUACAGAAAAACUCUGCAGCUGUCUCGUCAGUUGAAGGACAAGGUGAUGGAGGCACAGGCAUGUUACAGCCUGGGGAACACCUACACUUUGAUGCAACAGUACGAGAGAGCCAUAGACUACCACCUCAAACACCUCCUCAUAGCCCAGGAGCUCACGGACAGGGUUGGUGAGGGCCGUGCCUGCUGGAGUCUGGGAAAUGCCUAUGUGUCUUUACAGAACCAUCGCCAGGCCCUGCACUACUCCCGCAAAUACCUAGAAAUUUCCAGAGAGAUUGGGGACAGGAAUGGCGAGUUGACUGCCAGGAUGAAUGUGGAGCAGAUGAUGGAGGCUCUGGGGGUCAACGAGAGUGACCUUUCAUCAUGUGGGUCAGAGUUCGAGGUGCAAGGAGCCAGACCAAAAUACACCAAGAGAAACAGCAUGGACAGUGUCGAACUGUGGAAGUACUCGUCAGAUAAGAUUGGAGACAGCCAGGAUGUGGACAGUAUAUCCCGGAGAACCAAGAGUCAGCAGUCUCAGCCAGGCAGAGGGAAGGGCUACCCCGACAGCCUGUCCUCAGAUGACAGGCAAUGGUUGGAAUCCCCUGUGGACACCGAUGACAUAACUGUCCAAGUCCCGCCUCCACUAGGUCAGGACCCCUCCGAUGAGGACUGCUUCUUCGACCUUCUCAGCAAGUUCCAGAGCAGCCGCAUGGACGACCAGCGCUGCCACCUAGACGACCUGAACGAAGAGAAUGGAGAAAAUGGCGAGAACGGAGGGGCCGUCUCUCUCAAUGAAAUGCUAGACCCUACACUCAUCACGUCACCCCAGACAGAGGAGCUAUUUGACCUGAUCGUCAGUUCCCAGAGCCGUCGCCUGGACGACCAGCGGGUCAGCGUCAGCAACUUACCCGGCCUCAGGAUCACCCAUAACAACCUGGGCCACCUGUGUGUCGAUGCAGACCCCCAGGAGCCAAGCGAUGACUUCUUCAACAUGCUCAUGAAGUGCCAGUCCUCCAGGAUCGAUGACCAACGGUGUUCCCCACCAGAAGGGGGGCCCCGGGCCCCCACGGUGCCUGACGAGGACUUCUUUAGUCUGAUCCAGAGGGUACAGGCCAAGCGCAUGGACGAGCAGCGGGUCCACCUCCCGUCAGAUGAACAGGAUGGGCCCGACUCCGACCCAGAACCACCCUCCGGAGACUCCAGCUAGGGACCCAAGCACACAUCCCUCGGGGAGUCUGCCUCAUAGAAGGUGGAGAGAAAGAGGAGAAAUGGGCCAACACCUGAGGAGAUCUGUGAAGGGGUGAAAGUAAAUUAGGUUGAUGUGUGAUGCAAGAUCCGAACCCUAUGUGCAAUAUGUGGCCCCCUUUCAGCUGUUGUGAAUCUGUUUAGGUUUGAAAUGUGUGUAAAUCCGAUAAUGAUGAAAUGGAAUGUAUAUAUGAUACAUUUAUGUGAAUUAUGGUUUGGGGUGUUUCGCUAGCGAUUGAGACGCCAACAAGAAAUAACAGAUAUUCAUAUUUACCCCAUUUACUGCCUUAAUCAGUUUUUCUCUGACUCAGAUUGUAUUCCCAAGUGUCAGGGGUCUGUGGGUUCAAAGUGCAUGAUAGAAUAGUAUUCGGUUUGAAGGAUGACGAUGAAUGCUGCUGGUAUUAUUGGUGUAGCAAACAGUAUUGGCUACAGUUUUCGGUGGCAACAACAUGGUUAGUUAAGGUCUCUUCAUUAUUGAGUUAAUGUCCUCUGGAGCACAACCAAACAGGUUUUAAAACAAUAUAUCAAUUUAUCAAAAUAGUAAAAGAUACAGUGAAAAUACAUUUUAUGGAUAAUAGUAUACAAAAUCAAGAAAAGCACAUUUUAGGGAGAAAUUCAAGGGAGAACUGGAGUAGAUGGAUCAGGGGAAUUUUUAGGACAGGAAGGGAGUAGAUGCACAGCCUAUGCACACAGAAUCCUGUUUUGCAGGGAACUCCUGCUAAAAUGCCACAGCUGUUGGUCUUCAAUUUCCAAUCAUCUUCAACAGAUGUCUCAUAUUCUGCUGGUUUACUGCCCCAUUGUGGUGACACUUGUAUACUACAACUUUCCUGUGUACCCCAUUGGAAAUGAUUUGUAAUUCCUGCGGAAGGUUGAGGAUGUAAUCUUCUGCGCAAGUAUAUUGAUUUUAAGCACUUUUUAUUAUUUUAGUGACAAGCUAUACUUAAACUGUACAGUAUGUACAUUGCAUAUUUUUUGCUGAUCAUUUUUUAAAGGUUAGUGUAUUUGCAACAAAAAUGUAGUGCCUUGUGUGUAUUUUAUUCAGUUGUGGAUAUCAGAGUUAUUCUGUUACAGACCCAGCAGACCAAAGACGGGUGCAAACUGAGGAAAAUAAACAAAAACGGCUUAUAGUAAGAUCUAACGUACUGUACAUAUAUGUUGCCUAACUGAUGUUCCACAAUGGACAUUUUUAGUUGCUCUUCUUCUUUGGGACUCCAUUUGUAAACGUAUUAGUAUUAGAGUGUAGCUCUUCUUUGUACCUCAAGGGUCGUGAACCUAACCCAGGAUGGGUCGUGGUCCAAAUGAUUCAUCUCCAUCUCUGUAGUAAGAGGGUAACAAGGUCCCCACUGUUUUCCAAAAAUAGUUGAUUUCCUCUAUUUUCUCAUACCUUAUGAGGAUAAACUUGGUCCAGACCUAUCCGCUACGCUUCUAUUUGUUACUGCCAUAUGUACAUAUUUUUUGUAUUUAUGUUCCAUUUGAGGACAUGAAGAUGUCCCCUCUGCUUUUAAUAAAAUGUUGAUUCAAAUGUUU